UGCUACUUCCGGUUCCCCCAAUGUCAUAUGACUAGCUCACCUCAGCCGUCGUCUCGACAACACCGAUAUUAUUAAUACAAUUACCCGUGCUUCUUGUCUGCUGCUUUCCGCUUUACCUACACACUCUCCGGCUAUGGCAACGUUGGCGGCGAACCGGGGGAUGGAUUUCAACAGCACGGCUGCGGCUGCCAGGGAGCACACCCAGGCUGUGACCAGAAACUACAUCUCACAGCCCAGGCUGACGUACUCUACGGUCUCCGGAGUGAACGGACCCCUGGUGAUUCUAGAUAAUGUGAAGUUCCCCAGAUAUGCUGAGAUUGUGCACCUGACCCUGCCUGAUGGAACUAAGAGGAGUGGGCAGGUUCUUGAGGUCAUCGGGAGCAAGGCUGUCGUCCAGGUGUUCGAGGGUACGUCGGGUAUCGACGCGAAGAAGACGGCCUGCGAGUUCACGGGCGACAUCUUGCGUACGCCAGUCUCUGAGGACAUGCUGGGGCGGGUCUUCAAUGGAUCUGGGAAACCCAUCGACCGCGGGCCCACUGUGCUGGCCGAGGACUAUCUGGACAUCAUGGGCCAGCCAAUCAACCCCCAGUGCCGUAUCUACCCUGAGGAGAUGAUCCAGACCGGCAUCUCCGCCAUCGACGGCAUGAACAGCAUCGCCCGAGGCCAGAAGAUCCCCAUCUUUUCUGCUGCUGGUCUGCCCCACAAUGAGAUUGCCGCCCAGAUCUGUCGGCAGGCUGGCCUGGUCCAGAAGUCGAAAGACGUCAUGGACUACACCUCUGAGAACUUCGCCAUCGUCUUCGCAGCUAUGGGGGUCAACAUGGAGACUGCCCGCUUCUUCAAGUCGGACUUCGAGGAAAACGGUUCCAUGGAUAACGUUUGCUUGUUCUUGAAUCUGGCCAACGACCCCACCAUUGAGCGCAUCAUCACCCCCCGCCUGGCGCUGACCACUGCGGAGUACCUGGCCUACCAGUGUGAGAAGCACGUCCUCGUCAUCCUCACUGACAUGAGCUCCUACGCCGAGGCCCUCCGAGAGGUGUCUGCAGCCAGAGAGGAGGUGCCCGGCCGUCGUGGCUUCCCUGGAUACAUGUACACCGAUCUGGCCACAAUCUACGAGCGUGCCGGGAGAGUGGAGGGCAGGAACGGCUCCAUCACCCAGAUCCCCAUCCUCACCAUGCCCAACGACGACAUUACCCAUCCCAUUCCUGACUUGACUGGUUACAUCACUGAGGGACAGGUGUAUGUGGACAGACAGCUCCACAACAGACAGAUCUACCCCCCAAUCAACGUGUUGCCGUCCCUGUCUCGUCUGAUGAAGUCUGCUAUCGGUGAGGGCAUGACCCGCAAGGACCAUGCAGAUGUCUCCAACCAGCUGUACGCCUGCUAUGCCAUUGGGAAGGACGUCCAGGCCAUGAAGGCUGUGGUAGGAGAGGAGGCCCUGACCCCCGACGAUCUGCUCUACCUUGAGUUCCUGCAGAAGUUCGAGAAGAACUUCAUUGCCCAGGGCCCCUAUGACAACCGGACGGUGUACGAGACGCUGGACAUCGGCUGGCAGCUGCUGCGUAUCUUCCCCAAGGAGAUGCUGAAGAGAAUCCCCCAGAGCACCAUCGCCGAGUUCUACCCCAGGGAGUCCGCCGCACGCCACUAAGGGCUGUCUCUGGUUCUCCCGCUCUCGUUGUCUCUCUCCCAGCUUCCCAACAAUUCCAGCACUGAGGUCGUCCCAACACCCCCAACCCCUCGUCCCAGCCCCAGCCGUCUGCCUCCCUCUUGCUCCACCCUGAAGACGUCCUUGAUUGAACAGGGCGACGUCCCCCUUUAGUGUAGCUGUAGUGUGGUUGGUACAUGUUCAGCAGUCUUGUAUAGAACGUAGCUUUGAUUGUGAGAUCUACAUUUUUAUUACAACAAGCACCAUUCUCUCUCUCUCCCCCCCCCCCCCCCCCCCCCCCUCACUUCCAGAAUCCCACAUGGUUCCUUGUUAUUUAUUUGGGUUUGUGCUGGAUAAAACAAAAAAAUCUUGGUUGUUUAUUUCAAGCUGAAUGUGUGUGUAUGUAAAGGAUGGGGUUGUUUGCCGACGACAUUCUCAAAACAUUUCAGUGGUUGCCAGGUAUCCGGAACUGCUCGACUGUGUGUUUUGUUAAGAGUAUUAUGCAUGAAAACCUGUGGUAGAUAAAACAUUUGUCUGUGAUUUCAGAUAUUCAGAUUUGGGUAUGAUCAGAGGUUUGUUAUGCAAAGCUGAAGCUGGGCGUUCAGAUCACAAGCUCCAUGCAGAUUUGGUUUAUUCCCUUGUCUUGUCUACAAUGCAUUUUCCCUGAAUCCUAAAACAGUGGAUGUUUACACUUUGUUUUGUUGUUUUGAGUGAUUGUUAUUGUAAAGGAAAAAAAAAAAGGAUAUAUAUAUAUGAUAAACAUUCCUGUUUGUGUUUGAAGAAAUCAAUUGAAUGUUGUCAACAGCUGUUAAUUUGUGCGCUAACCUGUCAUCGGAUUAAUUAAAUUAUAUUCCAAAGUG